CCCCAAUUCCUUCUCUCCAAUUACCAUACACACUUCUAAAAACUACAAACCCCAAUCAAUUUCAAUUCCUCCAGAAAAAGACAAUACAAUAAAAACCAUCAAAGAUGUCUUUCCUCACCAGAACCACUCCCCUCCUCCGCACUCCAAUCGCCACCCGUGCUUUCUCGACCUCAUACACCCUCCGAAAGGUCGUUCCAGAACCCGUCGUCAACGCGGCGAAGACUGUCGAUCGAAAAGUCUCUGAUGUCUUGGUUGAUGGAAUUGAGGUCGGUCGUAAGUAUAUCCUUCUAUUACCCCAAUUCCCAUCUCAAUCCCAUCUCAAUCCCAUCUUCAUCACCACCAGCCACCUCGUCAUUGCGACUUCGCGCUUGGAAUCCCACUCCUCCCCCUCCUCCCUCAUAUCCCAUCACAACAAAAUACUAACAACACCUCUUCCCACAGAAAACGCCGCACAAAAGGCAAAGGAAGUCGCAGGAAUGUCCAGCUCCGAAGCAAAGGGAAAGGCAUCUGAACUAGCAGGACAAGCAAAAGGAAAGGCCAACGAGGUCGCUGGCAAUGCAUCGGAGAUGGCGGGUCAGGCGAAGGAAAAGGCGAAUGAGGUGGCGGGGGAGGCUAAGGGAAAGUCGGCUGAGUUGAAGGGUGAGGCGAAGUCGAAGAUGUGAAGGGAUUUAUGCGUGGGUGGGGAGUGUAUUAUAAUCCAGUUUUGAGAUGAGAUAGCUGAAUGGCUGGAUU